AUGUGUACUGAGGUUGUUCACACAUGGGAGUGUACCGUGUGCAGCAAGGACUUCAAAUCAAGAAGAGACUACACGCUGUGCAAAGUCGGGAGGAAGGAGAAUAAAUGGGGUGCUUGCAAGAAGUACAAUGUCCAGCAUGAAUAUUGGAAGGAUAAGUGCGGUGCUUGUGCAAAGAAGAAAUAA